AUUAUGAGACUAUCUCCCUCCAGAGAUUAAAACCAUUUCUGACCUGUAACCGACAACAACACGUAAAUCCUUAAUUCUAUUGGCCUAAAUUGGAUGACAGUUUCGUCGAAAUUCAACUCAAAGAAAUAACAUCAAGAUAAUGGCUCUGAAAAUUUACCAUCUUUUAUCAAUAAUGUCAAUUAGUUUACCAAUAUGUGUGAGUUACAAUAUAUUGGUACUUCUUCCAUACUCCGGUAUUAGCCAUUUUAUAGUGUAUGAACCAUUAUUCAAAGAAUUGGCUCGUCGAGGUCAUAAUAUGACUGUGGUCAGUCAUUUUCCAUUGAAGCAACCAAUGGAAAACUAUCAUGACAUAAGCUUAUAUGGACUGUCGGAAAUUUUUAAAGAAAAAUUUGAUGUACCAAUUGGUCAAAAAGUAUCAUCAUUAGAACAUUAUAAAACUCAAUUAAGGGUACAUCGAGCUGGAAUUGAAAUGUGCAAUGAACUUUUGGGAGCGCCACAAGUACAAAAUUUAUUAAAAUACAAUGGUACUUUUGAUUUAAUUAUUCAGGAGCAUUUUAAUGGUGAUUGUUUUUUUGCAUUUAACCACAUAUUUAAAAUUCCUCAUGUGGCGCUUAGUUCGUGUACCUUAUUACCAUGGGAAUUCGACAUAAUGGGAGCUCCUAUAAAUCCAUCAUAUAACGUAGUGAAUUUACAUAGAUUUUCUGAAAAAAUGUCGUUCUUGGAACGAGUUCAAAAUACUGUAGCAUUUUUAAUUCAAGCAUAUGUUAUACCUGAUUUGGUGUACCGAAACGAAAUUGAUAGAAUAAUUAAAAAACAUUUUGGAGAAGGUGUACCACCUGUGAAAGAACUGGCUAAAAAUACCAGUAUUUUACUAGUUAAUAGCCAUUUUACUAUUAAUCGACCUAAACCAUUUCCACCAAAUAUUAUUGAAGUAUCUGGAUUACAUUUAGGGAAACACAAACCAUUACCAAAGGAAAUUCAAAUAUUUUUAGAUGAAGCAAAGUAUGGAGCAAUCUAUUUCAGUUUAGGUUCAACUGUAAAAGGAAGUUCUUUGUCAGAAACAUAUCGUAAAAUGUUUAUAAAAAUUUUUGCAAAACUUCCUCAACGGAUCUUAUGGAAAUAUGAGAAUGAUACCCUGCCUGGAAAACCAAGCAAUGUAAUGAUAAACAAAUGGACGCCGCAAUAUGACGUGUUAGCUCAUCCAAAUGUUAAAGCAUUUAUUUCACAUUGUGGUUUGUUGGGAAUAAUCGAAGCUGCUCAUUUUGGUGUACCAAUUAUUGGUAUACCAUUUACUGCUGAACAACAUACUAAUGCCCAAUUGUUAGCUAUGCAUGGUGCGGUCACUGUUUUGGAUGCUGAAAGUUUCACUGAACAAGAUUUAAUGGAGGCAAUUAACUUCGUGCUGGAUAAAAAAACUCAAGAGAAAGCGAAACUAGUACAAAAAUAUUAUAAUGAUAGACCAAUGUCAGCACUUGAUACAUCUGUCUGGUGGGUGGAAUAUGUCGCUCGAAAUGGUGGAGCUGAGGCUCUGCGAAGCACCGUUCUUGAUAUGCCACUGUAUCAAACAAUGUUAUUAGAUGUCGGACUAUUUUUACUUAUUGUAACAUUAACGAUAGUUUAUUUCAGCUAUAAAAUUAUUAAAAUUAUAUUGAAAUUUAUUUUUAAAAAAUCUACGAAACUAAAAACUGAGAAUAUUUGUAAUUAUGUAUUUAAUCUAUCGUUAGUAAAUUUACUUAAUAAAUUUUGUUAUUUAACUGUUAAACCGAACCAAGUGUUUGAGGAGAUGGGUUCGAAAAUGUAUCAAUUCUUAUCAAUAAUAUCAAUAUGUCUACCAAUAUGUACGGGUUACAAUAUAUUAGUACUUUUUCCUUACACUGGGAUUAGCCAUUUCAUAGUUUUUGAGCCAUUAUUUAAAGAAUUAGCACGACGAGGUCAUAAUAUGACGGUUUUGAGUCAUUUUCCAUUGAAACAACCAAUAGACAACUAUCAUGAUAUUAGCUUGCAUGGAUUAUCGGAAAUAUAUGUUGAAAAAGUUGAUGUUCCAAUUGGUAAAAGAGCUUCUCUAUUCCAAAGUUACCAAACCCAAGUAAGAGUACACCAAAGAGGUAUUAAUAUGUGUAAUGAACUUUUGGGAGCGCCACAAGUGCAAAAUUUAUUAAAAUCCAAUGGUUCGUUUGAUUUAAUUAUUCAGGAGCAUUUUAAUGGUGAUUGUUUUUUUGCAUUUAAUCACAUAUUUAAAAUUCCUCAAAUAGCGCUUAGUUCAUGUACAUUAUUACCAUGGGAAUUCGAUAUAAUGGGAGUUCCUAUAAAUCCAUCAUAUAACGUAGUGAACUUACAUAAAUUUUCUGAAAAAAUGUCGUUCUUGGAACGAGUUCAAAAUACUGUAGCAUUUUUAAUUCAGGCAUAUGUUAUACCUGAUUUGGUGUACCGAAACGAAAUUGAUAGAAUAAUUAAAAAACAUUUUGGAGAAGGUGUACCACCUGUGAAAGAACUGGCUAAAAAUACCAGUAUUUUACUAGUUAAUAGCCAUUUUACUAUUAAUCGACCUAAACCAUUUCCACCAAAUGUUAUUGAAGUAUCUGGAUUGCAUUUGGGCGAACCAAAACCAUUAUCAAAGGGACUUCAGACAUUUUUAGAUGACGCAAAAUCUGGUGCAAUAUAUUUCAGUUUUGGUUCAACUGUUAAAGGAAGUUCUCUAUCAGAAAAAUAUCGUAAAAUGUUCAUAAAAGUGUUUGCAAAGUUACCUCAACGGGUUUUAUGGAAAUACGAGAAUGAUACCCUACCCGAGAAACCAAAUAAUGUAAUGAUUAACAAAUGGAUGCCACAAUAUGAUGUGUUAGCUCAUCCAAAUGUUAAAGCGUUUAUUUCACAUUGUGGAUUGUUGGGAAUAAUUGAAGCUGUUCAUUUUGGUGUACCAAUUAUAGGUAUACCGUUUUUCGCUGAGCAACGUACUAAUGCAAAAUUGCUAGCAAUACAAGGCGGGGCUACUGUAUUGGAUGCUGAAAGCUUUACUGAAGAAGAUUUAAUGGAAGCAAUUAACUUCGUGUUGGAUGAAAAAACUCAAAAGAAAGCCAAACUUGUCCAAAAAUAUUAUAAUGAUAGGCCUAUGUCAGCACUUGAUACAUCUGUCUGGUGGGUGGAAUAUGUAGCUCGAAAUGGUGGAGCUGAAGUUAUGCGAAGCACCGUUCUUGACAUGCCGUUGUAUCAAACAAUGUUAUUAGACGUUGGAGCAUUUUUACUAAUUUUAGCUCUAACCAUAAUCUAUUUUAGUUAUAAAAUCAUUAAGAUUAUUUUUAAGAUAGUUUUAGGUAAAUCGACAAAGCAAAAAGUAGAUUAAAUUAGGGAUAAAAAUCAUUGUUCAUUAUCAGUAUUGUGGAGAACAUUUAAGCAAUUUGAAGUAAUUUUAAUAUUUUUUUUUUCAAUUUCA